ACACCCAAAACGUUCGUGUAAAUCUAAUAAAUGUAAACAUUGUCCCAAAUUAUAGCUAUCCUAGCCAUGCAAUAAAAUUUGGAUACGCUUGAUGAUAAGUGCGCACACAAAACAUUAUCGUUAAUGAAUCGAUAUGGAGAUCUAUAACUAUUUACGUUUCGUACUCAUUGAAAAGGGGAUGCUAAUUCUAAUAAUUAUUUACAAUUCACAUUACUAGGUACAAUUUACACCAAUAGCUUCAGUGAUAGGCAAAUCAAGCAAGGGCCGAAACAUCAUGAAAGUACUGAUUUCCCUGAUCCUGAUCGAGAGCAUGACAUUAGGGCAACGAACACGUACGAGGGAUAUUGCUGCUGAAGUAGACGUGUACGCGUCAUUACGGCCAUUCUCUUUGACGGAAUGUAUCAGCCAGUGUUUACAGAGGCCGAGGUGUAACUCCAUACUACUGGAGGAGAAGACCAAAACAUGUUUUCUUAACAGAAAGAUCGCAAAUACAUCUUUGAUCUGGAUCAGGGGAUACAAGUAUAGCGAGAAACCUUACUCAACAAACCAGAAAAGUGCACAAGAGUGCUUGUCUGUCAUGAAGGAAUGGGAAGAAUGUAAUAAAAAUGGAAUUAAAUAUUCUACGACACUAUCGAACACAAAAAUGAACACGGAAAUCCCUGGUUCUACAACACCUGCUAAGGCAACCCCCGGUACAACAACUGCUAAGACUACAUCCGGUAAAGCGACUUCUUCUCCAACAUCCGGUAUAACAACUGCUAAGACUACAUCCAGUAAAAAGACUGCUAAGACUACAUCCGGUACAACAACUGCUAAGACUACAUCCGGUAAAACAACUGCUAAGACUACAUCCGGUAAAACAACCUCUCCAGCAUCCGGUGCAACAGGUGAUAUUGCAACGUCAGAGGUAACAGCAACUGAGCCGACAUCAUCGAUUACCGACACCACAACCAAAGCCUCUGUUACUGUCAAACAGCCGUGUCCAUCUAAUUACCGUGCAAUCAUUAGAUUUGAUCCACCGAUCUGCUAUCGUAUUGAAAUGGUUGCAGCCAAUUUUAAUGAUGCUAAGUUGCUCUGCACGGCAGAGGGAUCUAAGCUCAUGCUUCCCGACAGUCGUGAGCGAUUAAAAGCAGUCAAUGAAGCCGUCUUUGAAGCGGCGAUCGGAACAACAACACCUCACAUGAUAUGGAUGGACGCUUCUCGUCCGCAAGGGACUUGGAAAACAAGUGACGAUUAUCAUUUUAAUUUUAACGAUUUUCUGAGCUCUCACUGGAGCGAAAAUCAGACGGAUUCGGGCAACUGUGUCAGUAUGCUUUUUACGCCACCAAGGGAUAUGUCUGGAUGGCUGGCUACUGAUUGCUCUGUAAAAGCCUGGUAUAUCUGCACCCCGACCACUGAGGAUGAUUACAGCUAUCCCCAGUACCCUUGAUCACGAUACAUGUAAAACACGUGAGUUUCACGUGUAACGUAUUUGACAUAUUUCUUUGUGAUAUGUGAAUGUUUCGUUAAUGCAUUGAAAUUAUAGCAAACGGUUUAACGGGGUUUUAUGAUUUUUGGUUUUAUCUAAAUCAUUUCAUCUGUUGAAAUAAUGUAUUUAUUUCUUUUUUAUUUUUGGGACAAUAACGGUUACAAGUACAGAAAUUGCUAUAAUUGUUGGACAUAAUGAUAAUUAUAAAUACAAUUGUAGAUCAGUCAUAAUCAUCACCAUCAAAUAACUAUCGCCUCUUUUUUGCAAUAAAUGGUGACUAAUAGGUAUUACAGAUAUAUAUCGUACACGCUAGGGCGGGGGAAUGUAACGACAGAUUAAUAAUUCCGUCCAAUAUCAACACAUACCAACUACACGAUCAAGGCACCAUUGAAAAGUAAUGCCGUCAUGUAACCAGGCAUAGAUAAUCCCCUACCAUAGCAACAUAUUUAGGUACUUACUAAUUUUCCGCCUACAUGACUCAACACAAUGUUAGGUUUCGUCUCUCGGGUUGUAGUGUGUGUGUGUGUUUUUGUUUUUUGUUUUUGUUUUUGUUUUGUGUUUUUUUGUGGGGGGGGGGGGGGGGGGGGUGCUACCCCUCCGUGUAACAAUACAUACCGUCACGGCUCAGUAUUUACAAAUAACCCUCUACUGUAGCAAUGCAUACAUUCAGUUUAAAGGUAAACUCGUUUCAGACAUAAAUGGCCAAGGUAAGUUAUACAGGCGUAGUUAAUACACCGAUAGGUAUUCAAUAUCUAAUUUGAAGAGUUUUAUUAAUAGCAAUCAUUUUAUGACCAUGGGACCUUUGGGAAACUUUACUUAUUGUCUUUACAUUUGGUUACAGAAAAUCUAAUUCAGUAAACCAUGUGAUACCACAGAAUGAAUUAUUGUAGGGAUUUCCUAAGGCUUCUCUGUGUACUGAUUUGUGUUUUACAUAAACAUCAGUCUAUAAACAACCUAGUAUCAACAUUGCCGUGAAGGUAGAAAAGGUAACAGUAAGAUGUUUUAAUUUGCAUAUUACGGGACGAGUGCACAUUUCACAAGCAACAUAAAAUGUGUACAUGCAUAUAUGUAUAAACAUUUAUAACACAAUCCUGCUUAAAAGGAAGUGUAACAGGUAGCAUGUGGUUCUCUUUAUCGCAUUUCAAGUAAGCAGAUUUUUAAAUUGUAAAGGUUGGUUUGAUAAGUAUGUUAUAAACACUGUAUAUUUUAUCUGAAUGGGUAGGUUGAAUAACAAUAAAAAAAAGUUUGUUAGAUCUA